AUGGCAUCAUGGUCUUUGCUUAGUACAGACAGUCAAGUUUAUUGGUAUUAUAAGAGUGAUGGGUCUUUAUUCAAUGCAACUGUACCACGUACAGGUACCAAUCUAUGGACAUGGCAUUUGUUGCGUAAUGUAACGAAUUAUGGUGUUUGGAAAAUUUUUGGACAAGUAGAAACCAUUACUGACAUAGAUGCAUAUUCAUACGUAGCAUUCGUAUUGGAUAUUAUAUUCAUUGCUAUUGCGAAUGUACUUCUUCUUAAUGUACUCGUUGCCUUAUUUAAUGUGACAAUUAGAGAUGUUGAGGAACGAUCAAAACAAGUAUGGGGUUAUGAACGUUAUUUAAUUAUCAAUGAAUAUAGAGAUAAACCUUCAAUACCACCACCAGUUGUAAAAGGUAGUGACUCAAUCGAAAACGAACGAAAAAUAGAUGAUGAUCACUGUUGUUGGUAUACGUUGAAACGUGAAAAUAUGGAUCAUAUUGUAGCAGCAUUGGAAAAGGUUGGACUUAAAUUUCAUAAUUGGCAAGGACGAAUAAAUCAUUAA